AUGUGGUGUCGCACUCUUGAAAUUUACACUUUUCCCAGAAGUAGAUUGGACUAUGUAAAAAGUCGAGUUUCCAAGAUCCACGAACUUGUUGAGGAGGUACAUGUUAAAUAUUUCUAUAAUUUGUUUUCUCUAAGCUUUAAGCUUUAAAAUUAUUGCUUUUAUCAGUAAAAUACUCAAAAUAUAAAUAUUUUUCAGGUAACAUCACCUCCAUACCCAAGGGUAGCCCCCACUUACUCUGUUCUGGAUGACAAUGAAACUAUGAAAAUGAGUUUGUUGUUGUUUGUUCCUGUAGAGAGAUCGGUAUGUAUGAAAAGUCAGCCAGCUAAUUAUUAAACAGUUUGUGAUAACAUUUAAUACCUGUGCAGUCUAUCGGCAAUAUUAUUGAUUAAAUUCAUACCGUGUACAAUUCAUCAGUUAUAAUAACAUUGCUCUAGUUUGUAGUGAGGCAUAAUUACAAUGCAAUGGACAAAACCAUGCAAAGGAAUUUUCAUGAAGACAUUUCAAAAAGCGCGGGCAUAUUGUCAAAUCGUAAUUUUUAUUUUGUAGGACGAACUCCAAAUUAUUUUGGAACAAAUGGAAAUGGUAGUUGAGGAAUUAUCUGUCCCUGAUGUUUGCUUUGUUGAGCAGCGGGUGAAAUAUGACGAGGCAGAAAGGCCCGAACUUGUUGCCGAAGAAACUAAAAAGGUUGCUUCGGAGUCCCAAUCACCAAGUGAGAACGACGAAACGGAUGUUGGAAAAGAGGUUGAAAUUCAAGAGGAAAAGAGUGACGAGAAAGAUGAUGAAGUUAGAUCACUGGAUAUCGAUGAAGGAAAAUGGGUAAGCUUAGACAUAAAUAUACUGUAUGGUUGAAGCUUAUUAGGGAAAACUUUCAUUUAUGCUUGUUAUUUAAUUAAUUUCCUGUUUAUGGGGGUUAACUAGUUGAAAUUUUUCACUUGUGCUAUCUGUCACAAAACGUAAAAUGUUUUAUAGUUUUUGUCACAAAUAAUGAAUGAGAAUAAUAGUGUGUAGCAGCAGCAAGCUAACAAACUUUUGUACUUAAGGUGACUCGAUGCAGUUUUCAAAAACUUCAUGUGUCUAACAGUUUGACAGUGUUAAACGUCGUAUAUUUAGGUUUUAUGCCGCAGAUAUCAUGACGUUCAUCUAUGUUGAUGUUUCGUCUUUCAAAUUAUGUCAGUUUUGGUAACACAUAGUUCGUUGCUAUGGCAACACAUGCGUACGAAAUUCACUCUAAAAAAGCCUAUUGCUUUGUGUAGUUGGAAAAAAGCUCGGUGACCCUCAAUUUUUUUUCGUGCAUCAUUUUACUUAGAACAUACACUAACAAUAAGCAAAAUAUAAAAAAUUCUGUCAUGGCAAAAUAUUUUUAUUGAGGAAAAUCACAUUUUUGCAUUUUUCAAAAAACUGGCAUGACAACAUUUUUUUAUAUUUUGCUUAUUGUUGGUGUAUGUUCUGAGUAAAAUGGUGUACGAAAAAAAUUGGGGGUCACCGAGCUUUUUUUCCAACUACACAAAGCAACAGGCUUCUUUAGACUGAAUUUCGUACGUGUGUGUUGCCAUACCAACGAACUAUGUGUUAUCAAAACUGACAUAAUUUGAAAGACGAAACAUCAAAAUAGAUGAACAUCUUGAUAUCUGCAGCAUAAAACCUAAAACUACAACGUUUAACACUGUCAAACUGUUAGACCCCUAAAGUUUUUGAAAACUGCAUCGAGCCACCUUAAAUAGACUUCUUUGUCACAAAGUGAGGCAACUGUUUGGGUAAUUUUCAAAUCUUUUUAAAAAAAUAGAUCAAAACGUUCUGGUCAACCAAAUCAUAAACUAAUAGGAUAUUUUGCACGAGCCUUCUAUCUUUGAUCGUCGAUCUGACUUUCACAUGUUCCUAUUUUAUGUCAGGUGAACAAUAUAUUGAUGUGGAAUAUUAAUAACCUACUGACUGAGAGUGAGGGCAGUACGGGAAAAUAUUAAACCAAGAUCUUGCCGCUGUCUUGACCGAGCAAUAGUUAGGUCAAUAUAGCAAGACCCAGGUUUGAUAUUUCCCCCGUACUGCCCGAACAGUUUAAGACAGCAAGUUUUUUAUUACAUGACAUUGUAUACGAUUGUUAAAAAAUGAAAAAAGUCAUGCGAGGGCAAAGUACAAAAGAAACUUAUCUCUUGGUUAUAGUGAAAUAAACUCUACAGCACAUUUUAGAGAAAGCUAACAGCGUUUUGGAAGUAUUUCAAGAAAAAUCUCUAGCUAUUUAGUAAUUUUAAUCAAACACAACAAAUAUGAGAACAAUAAAAUAAAUAAACACCAUCAACAAGUAUAUUUUUAGUUCGCUUCAUUUCAUAUUUAUGUCUCCUUUUAAAUUAAUAAAAACACAUUUUUUCAGAUAAAACUAUAAAUCUGUGACUGCUAUAGUGGUAUUCAUUUUAUGUGAAAUUCCUCCUGGAAGUGCUGGCCAUCUGCAAAUAAAAUUUGCAGCUCUAUGAUCAAAAUACAACUAUUUUUGACUGCUUUAACAGUAAAAACAUUGUAAAAUUUAGGGUCUAUCUAUUUUAUAAGUUCGAGCUAGUGAAAUCGGGUUAUGAGUUCCAGUUCAGAAAUCGAGUUAACAAUUCGGUCAGCAAAAAUGCAAAAUAUUGUGCGCUAAUAUAUCCUUUUAAUCCUUUAUGCAUUAAUUUAUUUCAAAUUAACUGCAUGAGGUUUAUCAGCUGUUGCAGUUUUUUGCGUUCUAUUGAUUAAAGAUGAUGGUAAAAUUCCUUAAUAAUUUCUUAAUAAUCGAUAUAUAAUUACUUAAAAAUGGAUAUGGGGAAGAGGACGGCCCAGGCCCCGCUUGGAUAGAUCCAGGUGAGUAAACGGAGAUGAGGGAUGAAAACCAUGCAUAAGCGGGAUGAAGAAAUUGCAUAUAAACUCCCAGCCCGCUUAUACUGGAAUGGAACCAAGAAUCGGAUAAGAAAUUUUCAUUCAUCACGCCAUUCAUCAAAACAAAUGCUUGCCAUAUAACAAAAGCAACAUGUUGAUUAAUUGUAAAAAUAUUUCGCAUACUUGCUGCUUACAUGUGAAAACUGAAUGAAAAAGAAAUAACUAAAAUCUGAAGACAAACAUAAACUAUGCAUACUCGUAAAAUAGUGUAUUAUAUUUUUUGCAGGCCAAGGUGAAACGAGAAUGCCCACUCUGUGGAGAAAAAAAAAGCAACAUGGUAAGCCACUUGGAAAGAUUUCACAAAAAGCCCCACAAGGAUGCACUCAACCUAUCGCAAAGCAUUCGAAGGACAAAAGAAAAGACAAAAUUAGACCAAGUGGUGUGCCCAAUUGAGUCCUGCGAAAAACCUGUGCGGAGGCUUGACAAGCAUCUGAAAACAGUUCAUAAACUGGUACCUGGAUCACCUAGUUUUAUCCGGUUAGUGUGAAACAGUAAGUUAUAUAUAUAAUGCUGUGUCGUUCAAAAAAUAUUCCUGCCAAGCAUAUAAUUAUCUUUGAGAAGAAUUUUUGUAAGAUUGCAUAUGAAUUAAAUGAAUGCAUUCUCGAUUAUUUUUCUCAUUGUGAUUGUCUGUAUAUUGUGCAACAACAAGUGUGGCGAAUGUCUUAAAACUGCGUUGUCAAUUAUGUUGAGGAAACAGUUUCUGCUAAACCAAAAUGUGAAACAUUUAACAAUUAUUGGAUGAGGCUGAGCAUGAUAUCAACAAUUAUCCAGACCGACGUCAAUGUUGAAGCCGAAGGCUGAAGCAGAUAAAUUUACCAAGGUCUGGAUAAUUCUUGAUAUCAUGCGAAAGCCGAAUUCAAUAUUUGUUUGACUAUACAAUUAUAAAUACAGAAGCUUUUGGAGAUUUUUGUAGGAAAUCCAUGCAUUCAAAAUGACGUCACCUACAGACAAUGUUCAAUGUCGUUGUAGGUGGCAAGACAUUGAGAAUUGUCUGUAGGUUCUUAGCCAAUCACAAUCAAGAUUGCAUCAUGUUCAUGUAUAAUAAUAUGGUUUAGCAGAAACUGUAGCAUGUGUGAGUGUAUAAGGACAUUGGCAAAAAGUACGUCUUUUAUGUAGCUGGUUGAAAGAGCGAUGGACAUGAUACAACUCUCUCACAGCAUUGCUUGUUUUCAAUAUUUCCAUUGUUAUUAAAUAAAUUCUCAUUUCAGGUACAAUGCAUUGGGCCAUAAGUUAAGGAAGUUGGCUGGGGAAACAGCUAAAGAAGAGACAGAAUCAAGGAAAGAGCAUCCAAAAAUGAUGGGGAUAUCCAGGAAAUCAAGAGCCAAAAGACAGCUAAGACUAUCUCACAAUGCAUCCGAUCAUUCCUCGUCAGGCGAUUCUCUGCCCGAUCAUUCUUUACCUCAGGCUUCUCAUUCUGUACCGGAUGAUCACGAAAUCGAUGAACCUCCGCCAACAAGCUCGGGGCUUUUGGAAGAUCCAACUGCACCCAAAGAAAUUGAGCGAAAUGCUAUUGCUCGAACAAUUGAAAUCCAACCACUGCUUUCUCGAUUUGUAGAUCAUUUGCUGACAGUUGUAGGAGGCUGUCGGGGGGAAAAACCAUCAAAAGAAGCACAGUGGCGAGUUGGUAGACUCCUUUAUGAAGUCGAUGAGACGUUGACCAAUGUCAGUUUACUUUGGAAUGAUGAUGCCAUGGUACAGAUACGUCGUACAUUUAUCGAAGGUAAUAGGUUACCAAAAAACCCCAGGAAAGUAGGUACCUUAAGAGCCUACCUCACUGCCCUGCAAACGUUUUACAAUUUCUUGUUAACCCGCACCUCAAGUCUUGCAAAUGAAUUUGGAUUUCACGAAACAGAUUUUAAGUUGGUUAAAGAAUUUCAAGGGAGGGUGUCCAACUGGAUGAAAUCUUUCACAGAAGAGAUCGCGAAUAGGAAAACUGAAGUUCAUCGUGAAGAUUUUAGUUUACUUUUGACAAGCACCCAAAUUUGGAACUUAUUCAAUUCGCCUGAACAUGAAAAAUACGAGAAUCGAUUUGAAGAACUAGAUGAUCCCGGCACAGAGUUUGUUGAACUCCGAGAUUAUUUGAUGACAAUGUUAUUGGUACAGAGCGCUCAACGACCUGGUGCCGUUUGCAAUUUGACCAUUGACGAGUUUAACGCUGGAGAAUGGGAUGAUAGCACAGGGGUUAAACAGUUGUCACUUUAA